AUGGAAUUAGGCUGUUGCGAAAAUGAGACCAUUUCCGCUUCAGGACCUAACAAGCAAGGAUGUCCUGAAACAGAAGUAACAACGACAGAAGGUACUACAGAGUAUUCAGAGAUUUCCACCACAUCGACAGAAACCCUUACAACAGACAGUUCGACAAGCUUCACAGACCUAGAAGCCGAGACUACAACAGUGGUCUACACCGAAAGUACAACAGAUGUUACGACAGACGACUGUACCGCUUCUGAAUAUGGAUGUUGCCUUGAUAACAUCACUGAAGCUUCAGGACCUAACGGCCAGGGAUGUCCAUGCAGUAUAUCUGAAUUUGGCUGUUGUCCUGAUAAUGUCACAGCAGCUAUAGGUCCAAAUCUAAAAGGCUGUGGAUGCAUCACGUCUAAGUUUGGAUGUUGUUUGGACGGUGACACUCCUGCGCAUGGACCGGACCUGGAGGGCUGUUGUGCGCAGUCUCCGUUUGGAUGUUGCCCCGACAACUACAAGGCAGCUGAAGGACCACAUCUUGAAGGAUGCAGUUGCCAGACCGCCCACUUUGGCUGCUGUCCGGACAACGUCACCAUCGCACGAGGUCCCAAUAACGAGGGUUGUGGAUGUCAUUACACCGAGUAUGGAUGCUGUCCUGAUAGACAUACAGCAGCGACUGGAUAUAACUAUGAAGGCUGUGGCUGCCACACGUAUCAAUUCGGGUGCUGUCCUGACGGUGUGACGAUAUCCAGUGGCCCCGGUCUCGCGGGCUGUCUCUGCCAGCAUUCUCCAUUCAAAUGUUGUGGUGAUGAAGUCACAGCGGCUACUGGACCGGAUGGAGCAGGAUGUAACUGCGCGAACAGUAAAUAUGGCUGUUGUCCUGAUGGAACUACUGCUGCAGCAGGGCCGAAAUUCCUGAACUGUACAAAUAUACCGAUAAAUAGACAAGAGGCUUGUAGUCUGCCGAAGGACAGCGGCGAGUAUAACACUAACGUCAUAGACCGUGCAGUCGUCACAACUAAGAAGUGGUACUACGACAUGACGUACGGUGGAUGCGCACCUUUCUGGUACUUGGGCUUCAAGGGCAAUGCCAACAGGUUCUCAACACAAGAAGAGUGUCAAGAUGUCUGCGUUCAUCCAGCGCCUAGAGACGCGUGUAAAUUGCCGUCAUCAAAAGGCUCGUGCACAGGAUAUAAUGUGAAAUGGUACUACGAUUCUAACCAAGAACGAUGCGCCAAGUUUAUCUACGGCGGCUGCCUCGGCAAUGAUAACAGAUUCGACUCCGAGGAACUAUGUCAAGCCAGUUGUAGGCCUGAGAAGACUGAAGAGCAAUGCAAACAGCCAAUUGAACAAGGAAGCUGCGCUGGCUCCUAUCUCCGUUGGGGCUUCAACCCGGAGACGCGAAAAUGCAGUCAGUUCAUCUGGGGCGGGUGCGAGGGUAACGCAAACAGGUUUAAUUCUGAAGCUGCCUGUAUGAUGCAAUGCAAUGCGCCUGGAGUACCUCAAGUUCCAGAUGUAUGCACCUUGCCAGCCCACCCAGGUGACUGCGACCGCUAUGAAACACGAUGGUUCUUCGAUACGAAGCUGACAAGGUGUCGUCAAUUCUACUACGGUGGGUGUGGAGGAAACGAGAACAACUUCGCAACAGAGGCCGAGUGUGAGAACAGAUGCUCGGAGGAGGCAGCUGUCACCACCACAGUGCAGCCCACCAAUCGCUAUUGGAACGAUUAUUGCGUGCCCGAAGCGGAUCCAGGACCAUGCACCCAGUUUGAGGAGAUGUGGGCUUUCAGCGUGACGAGCGGCACUUGUAAAAGAUUCCGCUUUGGAGGCUGUGGUGGUAACAACAACAGAUUCCCCGACCUGAAAACGUGUUUGAGCAUCUGCGCGCCAGACCAAGAAGUGUGCCAACAGCCCAUGCAAGCGGGCCCGUGUCAAGGAUCCUUCAUGAAAUGGUUCUUCGACGCAGCUACCGGAUCCUGCUCUCAGUUCACAUACGGAGGAUGCCAAGGAAAUGACAAUCGGUUUGACUCUCGCGAGGACUGUGAGCGGCGUUGCAGAUCUCAAGAACCCGAGCCUGUUAGAACUACCACCAUAUCGCCGAUCCUUGUCGGCAGGAGCCAGAACCUGGCAAUUGUUUGGAGAGCUACGACUCGUGGUACUUUAACGCAAGAACUAAAGAGUGCGAAGAGUUUACCUACACCGGCUGUCAUGGGAAUGAUAAUAGAUUUGCUACAAAAGAUGAAUGCGAGAUUCAGUGUUCUGCCAGUGCGGUUACAACUAGAAGGCCUGUCCCAACAACCAGAGCUCCUGUUGUAGACACAACUCUUUCUACUGCAUAUGUCCCAGAUAGCCGGAGGGAUUCUGAGUGCCAAACACCAUCAUCUCUUGAAGCGUGCGGUGUAAACGUCACAGCAUUCUACUACGACUCCAGCGAGCAGCGGUGUGUGGAGGGAAUCAUUGGCAACUGUCCCAAUAUUAACGCGUAUAACACCGAAGAGGAGUGUGAGAGACAGUGUGGAGCAUUCAGAG